AUGUCGGAAACUGGCCUAGCAGAGCGAAUUGACAGCACCAUCGCCGAGUUCUUUUCAUCAUGGAACAUCUGGACGACCGUCCUUGCGCUCGGUCUCGCAGUAUUCCUCAUCUACCCGAUUCUCACGGGUCGUGACCCAGAUACUCACCCCUACCUGCUAGCAAGGCAGGCCCAGGUCGCACCCAUUCGUCAAUCAGGUGAGUCGGCCGUCUACCGCGCCAUCGAUAUCCCUCAUGGAUAUCCUCUCCGUGCUGGGUUGGGCGUCAAAGAUCCAGGGACCCCAAAGUGGAGUUCCGGCCGACCUGGAGAUCUGCGGGACAUCUGGAGGGCGGCAGUCCGUGGUGCUGUCAAUGAAGAGGGCAAUCCAACGGGCCAGAGAGGCAAGGUUGUGACGGUCCUUGGCCUGGAAAAGGUCAUCGACCAUAAUCUUGAGGAUCUGACGCUGGGAAUCAAUGUCAUCGGUCAAUACGUGAAGCGGAACAACGGCCAGUCGGUGGCAGUCUGCCUCUCAAACUCGGUCGAAUUAUUGUCUUCUAUUUUUGCUGGUUCUUUCUAUGGCUUCUCGACAAUCCUUCUGCCAUAUGGACUUCCGCCUGACAAGCUCAAUUCGCUUCUCUCCAAGGUGUCAGCCGACCAUUUGAUCGCUGAAGCCGGGACAUUGGACCUCGAAUCCCUGUCUGCCGCCGCCAAAAGCACCAAGAACAUCAUUUGGGUUACCCGAGCAGUCAACAAACACAUGGAAUGGACAGAAGGUUCCCCCGAAGGCUUUGCGGUCAGCUCGUGGCAGGAACUUGUGCAGAAGAACCAGCGACCCUCCAACUCGGAGGUUUUGCCGCUGGACAAAGAUUCUCAGGUGCCGCCUGUGUCAGUCUUCUGUCCGACAGCUAGUGGAGGCUUUGACUUGAUCAAGUAUACCUCCGAGAACCUCAUCUCUGGCACCGCUGGCCUUCUCGCCACGCUGCCCCGCGCUCAAAAGCUCGGUCCGAACGACUCGUUGCUCCCUACCACACCUCUGACUGACAGCUACACCCUUUGCUGGGUCUUUGCCGCCCUUUACUCGAAUGCGACAUUGUCUCUCAACUCCGUUUCUGGAGAUAAAAUCGACCUCACUCAUGCCACCUCGCAGACUUCUCCGACAGUUGUGCUCGCCUCUCCGCCGACCGUGCAAGCAUACUUGUCUCACCCGAGCACAACCCUUCCGGGCGGAUUGUCGAAGUUCCUGAGUACACGCACUUUGCAGCAGGGGAAUCUGCCCACAAAGCAGACUUCCACCUCGGAUUCCCUCUCGCAUCUCCGCGUUCUUCUGAUCCCGCAAUCAAUCACCGCAGCAGCAUCAACCCGCCUGCCGUCGUCGACACUGCACAGUAUUCGCACGCACUUGAAAUGUCGGAUCGGGUACGCCCUCACGAGUCCAUUCGUCGCAGGUGCGAUUGCACAGACCAACAUCUUCGACUAUCGCGACAAGGGCGAUAAAGUAUGCUGCGUCGGCGCUCCGCUGAGUAGCGUGGAGGUCAAUUUAACUGGAGAAGAGCCAGUUAUGGGAUCGCGAACUCCGCGAGGAGCAACCGUGACAAUCAAAGGACCUGCGGUGGUUGGUGGGAAGAUAACACUUGAGAACACCCACGUGCAGGUCGACGAGGAUUAUACAUUGCUUCUGCUCUGA